GAUGGAAACUCCACACUUGACAUUCUGACGUUUGUAUAUCGUGUGCCAUUUAUUUUUACGCUGGACUUUGAGGACGCCCAGCGCUUACUUGUUGUGACCGGCUAUUAUUCUCUCGGUUCUCGCUACUUCCUUUCCCUUUACCCUAUUCUUUGCGUCAUACUGAGGCCUGGUCCACCGAUUCUGCCUUGCCUCCAUUCUUUUGGCUUUGGAAUCAGGUGUCGUUCUCCUGCUCUUCCUUUCUUUUAUUUAUUGCCUCUUUCCUUCGUUCUUUCAACAUGCUCUCAUUGGCGCGGCGCCGGUUUCUGGAUGGACUAGACAGGAGGUAUAUUUAUGGUCGUGUGCCCUUACUUCACGCUAUAAUUUUUCUGAUUGAGAUGGUGAUCGCCGCGCGGCUGGCGGCCAAGUUCAACUCCUACUAUGCGGAGAGGCCGGUGUUGACUACUAUGGUCACCAACGCUGUGCUUGGUGGAGUCGCAGAUACCGUUGCACAGUUGAUCUCGGGCUACAGAUCCCAAGUACCAACCAGAGAAGAAACAGACAGCGAUCUGAUUUCGAUCGAGAUUCAUGAGCUCGACAAGAGAAAACCACCUGCUGUGGGAGAGUUGGACUUUGCGAGCAACCGACCACCACCAUUUGACUUCGAGCGGCUUACCCGCUUCAUGUCCUAUGGUUUCUUCAUGGCACCCAUCCAGUUCCAGUGGUUUGGGCUUCUGUCGCGAACAUUUCCACUCACAAAGAAGAACCCGACUAUACCGGCUCUGAAACGGGUCGCGGCGGACCAGUUUUUAUUUGCGCCGUUUGGUCUGGUGUGCUUCUUCUCUUUUAUGACCAUUACAGAAGGUGGUGGUCGACGGGCCCUGACUCGCAAAUUCCAGGACGUAUACAUCCCGACCCUCAAGGCCAACUUUCUCAUCUGGCCUGCAGUUCAGGUUCUGAACUUCCGGGUCGUACCUAUUCAGUUCCAAAUCCCUUUUGUAUCCGUGAUUGGUAUUGCCUGGACCGCAUACCUUUCUUUGACCAACUCUGCCGAAGAGGAGUAGAGAACUCCUGACUCGACAUUCAAUAAAUGUUAACGACAUUCGCAGCAAACUUAUCAAUUAACGCUUGCAUCUAUCCCUAUCUUUAUAUCUUUCGUUUUUUCGUGUUUCUACAAGUCUUCCAUUUUUAUCGGCGCACAGGCGUUAUAUAUGUUUCUGGUGUGUUUGGUUUGCUAUAGUGUAUCAAAAGGCUUCCUCUCUAUUUUCUCUUAUUUUAUGUCGGUCAUUUUUAGGAUCGAAUUCAUAAAUGGACCUCUCAUUCGGAGUUGGACAAGUACUCGAAAAACCUGGAGUUCAAUGGGAUAUUCUAGCCAUGUAUUAUUACUCGGCUAUAGGGCAAAAUGGAAUACCA